AUGUCAUCCUCUUCGGGAAACGGCGCAUUCAAGUCUUUUUUCAAAAAGUCAGCACUUGCAGCGAAAGCAGAUAAAGUCUGGAGCGAAAGUAAGGCUUUUUAUAUGUAACUUCUCUAUUUUACUAACAUGUACAGGUAAGCACGAUUACUCAGCUGCCAAUCCCGCUAACGCUCACAAUACCCAUCUUGAAAAAAAGUCCCUUGGAGAAGUUUUGGGAAAGUUGUCAGCCAAAAAGAAAGAAGAGGUCAGUCAUAGAGUCAGUUUUUGUCAUCCAUUUGCUUUGCAGGAUGAGAUUGAAAGCAACUCAAACGUUAAAUUUGUAUUUGGAUCAAAAAUCAAUGAUCGUGUUGUUAAGGUUUGUUAUUUUCUAAGCAGCAAAUCUUCUCGUUGAAUAAAGUUUAGAAGUGCAAUUUGCAUUAUUGGCAAAAGUCAAAUAGUAUAUUUUUUUGAGAACAUGGGUGGUGUGCGAAUUUCACUGCGAAGCUAUUUACCAAAGCUAGUAAAGAAGCUUUGUUUCGGAGAACGAAAAGUUAGGCUAAACGAUUGUUUUGUUGCAUCAAUUAAAAAAAUAUAUAUUAGAUUGUAUAGUUGUUUAGAAGUAUCAGGAUAAAAAAACUUUUUGAUUUUUGUUUUCAGAAGGCGAACGAAGAUUCCGCUAGUUUGGAAGAAGCUGGGAGUUCGCAGGAUGGGGUAGAUCUACCGCAGAAGUCGGCCGCAGAACUGUUCAAAACAGCGGCUUCUGCGCAGAAACCCGAAGAGGUAAUAAAUCUAUUAAAGCAUUUUUGUUUUGAUGAAUUUUGAAAAUUGUGUAGCUCAGUUCAUAUUUUGAAGGAUACCGGGUCUAACCAAAUCAAAUUCCGAGCGGAAGCCCAAGAAGCGGCUGAGCGGGCGAAAGAAGUUGAAAAGCAGCACGCGAGCACUUCAGUGGUUCCUCUGACGACCGGAGAGGAGGCCGACAAGAAUAUUUUCCAGGUCACACAUUAUCACGUUUCAUUGAAAAGUUCACGUUUCCGUACUUCGCUAGUUUUUACCUUUGAAAUGAGUUUUUCUAAAGUAAAAAAAUAUACGUGGAAAAAAAUUUGAGACUGCGCUUCAUUCAAAAACUUCUUUCACAUCACCGAAAAAAAUUAUUAGAACGUUUAAAAAAACUAAUUGUUUUUUUCAGUUUUUAGGAAGAUACCGUCAAUUCAAAAAAAGGAACGCCCUCAUGUAAAAAUUUUUUUGCUCUCUUGGGAUAUAUUUAUAAAUUAAAAGGAGAAAGCGCUGUAUUUAAAUAUCCACUAAAUAAAAAUUUCAUUAAGACAUAAAAAAAGUAAGAUAUUAUGCUUUGAUUAAUUGAAUGUAUUUUUCCUAAACUACGUUUUGUAGAAAAGUCGACAUUGUUUGUAAAAGGCUCACAUAGUUUUAAAAAUAUCUAUCCGUUUAAUUUUUUUGGUGGGAAAAUCAACUUGCGUUUUUUUUUCAAGCUCAUUUGGUACUCGAACAAAUUCCAACGAUAAAUUUUUCAGGCUUCAUGUAAGCUGCAUGCGUUCGACACGGAGCGAAGGCAAUUUGUCGAAAAAGGCGUCUGCACGCUACGAAUCAACGAACGAAUGGAAAACGGCCAAGUUCACCAUCGAAUUGGUUUGGAUCAUUUUUUCUUCAAAAAAAAAAUCGUGACUUUUUUUAGUUGCUCGAACUUCCGGCACCCUACGCGUCGUUAUAAACUCAAAAAUUUUCGCUGAUAUGCUCGUCGAGCGCGUUGAUCGGAGGGUCAAGGUUGGAGACUUCUCAGUUUAUUUUUUACUAACAUUCAAGAGUACUCUUCUAAAUUUUGAGAGAACAUCAUUUUGGAAUUAGAUGGAAGUUUUUUUCGAAGCUCAGGCUUCUAGUGUUAAAUGGAAAAAAAAUCAAAUAAAUUAAACUUUUCAUUAAUCUUUAACGUGAUUGAUUUCAGAUAUCUGCGAUGGGUCCAGAAGCGACUGGCGUACAAAUCUUCCUGCUGAAGUUCGGUUUCUCUGUCAGUUUUCAAGUGAAUUUCCCAUUUUUUGUGUUCUCUUUAUUACAGAAAACUGACACAGGCGCUGAGACUGAUCAAUUCUAUGCAAUCUUGAGCGAUAUUUUGAAGUUGGAAAAAGGAGAACAUUCGCGGAAAAGGAAGGUAGGUUUUCGAUAUACAGUACCGCUCAAAAGUAUAUUAAGUUUUGGUUUUUUGAGGAUAUUUCAGCGAGUACUUAUCCGAUUUAUAUAUAACUUCUAGGGAUAAUGUAAAAUGUACUUUGAAACAUAUAGGGUAUACAAAGACAUGUCCGCAAUCACUGUGACGCGUUUGAGGCAUUUUUUAUUGAAUUCAAUUUUUUUUUUGUUUCUUAUGCUUGUAUUUUUAUUCAUUUUUAUUAAAUUUUUUUGAAGUAAUAAUGUUGCCAUAUGAUUUUUUUCAUGUUUUGAGACAUGAGAAGAACCUCUGGAAAAAGGAUUUGACUGAUAACGACAAAAGAGCCAUCGUUGUGGGUCGUCAGAAUGGACUGACCAUGAUGACGUUGGCAGAAAUGUUCGGCGUGACAGAGGCGUGCGUUUCUCAGUUCCUAAAGCGUUGGAAAGCUCAAGAUGGCUCUACUAAGAGCCAACGCACUGGAAGACCACGUGUCACUUUUCGUAAUGACGAUAGAAACAUUUUGAAGACGUCUAGAACCAAUCCAAGACUCACUGCCCCUGCGAUCAGACGGGAAGUUUUCUUGAAUUCGCCAUAUCUGCCAUCCGUCUCGACCGUGAAACGACUUCUGAAUGCUGCUGGAAUAAUGGGAAGACGUGCAGUGAAAAAACCGCUGAUUUCUGAAAAGAAUCGAGGUGCCAGGGUGAAGUGGGCGAAGGAGCAUCUCAACUGGACCCGUCAAGACUGGAACUAGAUACUGUGGUCCGACGAAACGGUCCUCCACCAUGUUUCACAGUGGGUAAUUGGUAUUUCGGAUGAUAUCUGGACCCAAUUGGUCUACGAACCCACUGAAUUCCGUCACUUCCGAAGAGGAGGAACUUGCUUUCGUCGGACCACAGAAUCUAGUUCCAGUCUUGACGGGUCCAGUUGAGAUGCUCCUUCGCCCACUUCACCCUGGCACCUCGAUUCUUUUCAGAAAUCAGCGGUUUUUUCACUGCACGUCUUCCCAUUAUUCCAGCAGCAUUCAGAAGUCGUUUCACGGUCGAGACGGAUGGCAGAUAUGGCGAAUUCAAGAAAACUUCCCGUCUGAUCGCAAGGGCGGUGAGUCUUGGAUUGGUUCUAGGCGUCUUCAAAAUGUUUCUAUCGUCAUUAAGAUCAGUGACACGUGGUCUUCCAGUGCGUUGGCUCUUAGUAGAGCCAUCUUGAGCUUUCAAACGCUUUAGGAACUGAGAAAUACACGCCUGUGUCACGCCGAACGUUCCUGCCAACGUCAUCAUGGUCAGUCCAUUUUGACGACCCACAACGAUGGCUCUUUUGUCGUUAUCAGUCAAAUCCUUUUUUCCAGAGGUUCUUCACAUGUCUAAAAACAUGAAAAAAGUCAUAUGGCAACACUAUUACUUCAAAAAAAUUUAAAAAAAAUAAAUAAAAAUAAAAGCAUAAAAAACAAAAAAAAUUUAAUUCAAUAAAAAGGCCUAAAACGCGUCACAGUGAUUGCGGACAUGUCUUUGUAUACCGUAUAUGUUUCAAAGUACAUUUUACAUUAUCCCUAGAAGUUAUAUAUAAAUCGGAUAAGUACUCGCUGAAAUAUCCUCAAAAAACCAAAACUUAAUAUACUUUUGAGCGGUGGUACUGUACGUAUUUUAAAAUUUCAUACUCAGCUGCGGUCUUGAUUUUUUGAUUUUCUUUGUGGGCAAGUUUUUUAUUUAUUGGUUGAAUCGGUAUUGGCGAUUUUAAAAGAGGGUUUUCGAGUUCACGAUUUUUGAUUUUCUUUCUUUCUAGAUUUCACAACAGUAAUGUGGGAGAAUAAAAUGCAUUUAUGAACAACAAAUAAAGAAGAGAAAGCAUUAUAUGUACUGAAUUUAUAUUAAAAGAGCUGUUUAUCAGGAGUUUUUUGAAUUCAAUUUAUGCUCCUUCGAAAAAUUCAAAGAAGUUCCUUUUUUUGUCAUAAUAUUUUGAUCUGUGCAGGCGGACUGCGAUCUUAACGCCGAAAAUGUGAAGUUGCGCGAGAAAGAGGAAGAUGAAGAGGAAGGUUACAAGGAGGAUGACGACUCCAAGACGGAAGAAACGGCGAAAAACGAGGAAGAGCCCGAAAAUCUGCGAACCGAUAAGUCCGUCGAAGAUGCAGAGAAAGUCGCUCAAAGCGAGGCCGAGGAUUCAGAGAAACUCGACGAAGGAUUUGUUUUACUUGAGAAACCGGAUGGAACACAGAGUUUUGAAUCACAGGAACAUGCUCAAUAG